CAUUGAAAAUAUUUGGGUUUGUGACGUCACCGUCAGAUUGCGGGAGAGUAUAAAAGAGCCGAGGCGGCCGAAAAUGUCAUUCAUACCAGCUAGAUCAGCCAAAGCAUCAGCAACAUGAAAUUCUUGAUCGUCUUCAUUGCCCUCUUUGCCCUGGCGGUUGCUAAGCCUCAGUGGGGAGGUGGAUUUGGAGGUGGAUUCGGAGAUCAGCAGCAGCAGCAACAGCAGAGUGGAUUCGGAGGCGGUUUUGGGGGCGGUUUCGGAGAUCAGCAGCAGCAACAGCAGGGUGGAUUCGGAGGCGGUUUUGGAGGCGGCUUCGGAGAUCAGCAGCAGCAACAGCAGGGUGGAUUCGGAGGUGGUUUUGGAGGCGGCUUCGGAGAUCAGCAGCAGCAGCAACAGCAGGGUGGAUUUAGUGGCUGGUAAACAUCUGAUUACUAAGCAAGAUGCACAACAAGGCCUAAAACAGAAAAUACCAAUAAAAUGAAGAGUCUUUGAUUACAACGAA